UGAAAUUCAAUGUAAAGUGAAGUGAAACGAGAAGAAAGUUAGAAAAUGUAUACAUAGACAUAAAAAAAACUCUUUUUUUUUCAAUAUCGGUUAAAUUUAAUUUGAUUUAAUCCCGUACCGUAGUCAAUAAUUCCACAAUAUUUGAAGCAACGAUUCUAGACAUACACAAAUAAUAAACAAACACUCAGCGGCCAAUUUAUCGAAUAAACAAAAAUAAAAUCGAGUUUCAUCUGUAAAGAGCGACACACGCAUAAAAACCAAAAUAAACAAAAACAAUAGAUGAACUUUAGUUGAUUAGUAUAGAACAUGCAAAAAUACGAAAAAUUGGAAAAAAUUGGCGAAGGUACUUAUGGAACCGUUUUCAAAGGAAAGAAUCGUGAUACAUUGGAAAUUGUGGCACUGAAGCGUGUUCGCCUCGAUGAAGAUGAAGAAGGUGUACCGUCGUCAGCACUCAGGGAAAUUUGCUUGCUAAAAGAACUGAAGCAUAAAAAUAUCGUACGACUUUAUGAUGUGUUGCAUUCAGAUAAAAAAUUGACACUUGUUUUCGAGCAUUGUGACCAAGAUCUCAAAAAGUACUUUGACAGUUUGAACGGUGAAAUCGAUUUGGAUGUGGUGAAAAGUUUUAUGUAUCAAUUAUUACGUGGUUUGCAAUUUUGUCACAGUCAUAAUGUUUUGCAUCGCGACUUAAAACCACAAAAUUUGCUAAUCAAUAAAAAUGGCGAAUUGAAAUUGGCCGAUUUUGGUUUGGCACGAGCAUUUGGCAUCCCAGUAAAAUGCUAUUCAGCCGAAGUGGUUACACUAUGGUAUCGACCACCGGACGUUUUGUUUGGUGCCAAAUUAUAUACAACGAGCAUUGAUAUGUGGUCGGCUGGUUGUAUAUUUGCCGAAUUGGCAAAUGCAGGACGACCGCUAUUUCCUGGUUCCGAUGUUGAUGAUCAAUUGAAACGUAUAUUCAAAUUGCUCGGCACACCGACGGAAGACACAUGGCCAGGCGUUAGUCAAUUAGCCGAUUUUAAACCGUUCCCAUUGUACCAUCCGACAACAUCGUGGAGUCAAGUGGUUCCACGACUAAAUUCCAAAGGUCGUGAUCUACUACAAAAACUAUUGGUGUGUGUGCCAAAAAUGCGAAUCAAUGCUGAACAGGCGAUGGCACAUCCAUAUUUUACUGAUAACUGAGACGAACCACACUUAAUCCCUUGUCAUCCGACUGAUUUUAUUUCGAAACAACAAAAAAAAAACAACCGACACAAAAAUUAAACUUUAGAACAUCAUUCAACGAUUGAAUCGAAACCAAUUUUUUGUCAAACACAUGAAAAUUUUGCAAUUUUACGCAAAUUAUGCGUAAGAUGUAAUUCGAAUAGUGGCCAUUCCGAUCCCAUGUUUCCUUCGAAAACGAAACGCAAUGAUAAUACAACUUAAUUUAUUACGAUUGUAUAAGCCAAUUAAUGAAUUUCUUGAUGAAAUAAAAUGAAAAACUAUUUUAAUUUUACACGAAAAAAAUUCUUUUCGUUGUAUCGGAA